AUGAUGCGCGGGGAGCGCUCCGACGAGGCGUGGGCGUGGUACUCGGCCGUGUAUGAGGCCAUCCAGGAAAUCCCGUAUGGCAAGGUCACUUCAUACGGUCAUAUUGCGAGACUGCUGGGAAAGCCUCAGUGCCCAAGACAGGUCGGAGUGUGUCUAAAACACCUUCCCUCUCCUUCAACCGAUCCCAGCAAGAAGAGCCCGACAUGGCACAGCGAUAACGUGCCAUGGCAGCGCGUGAUCAACGCCAAAGGCGGCAUCAGUCCUAGAGGGCCUUCCGGCGCGAGCCGUCAAGCAGCUGUCCUGAGAGCUGAAGGCGUCGAGGUGACGCAGGGCGCUUUGGGCGAGUUUACGGUGGACUUUGGGAGAUAUGGAUGGUUCCCUUCCGUUCUGCCCAGCGAGGCUGGCUUGGUGGAGAGCAGCGACGAGGAAGACGAGGAGGCGGCUGCGUAUCAUACCUGAGGCAAUCCAGGAACAGGUGUUUGCAUCAGCCCUCCAAGGUACACUUGCUUAGCACGUUGGUGUUCACGACGAAUGAUUGACGGACGAUUACGACCGUGACUGCGCCUAGUACCUUUGUCUGGAACCGGAAAGUAGCUUCUCCUUGGAGGUAAACAGCAUCCCACCUGGUGGUGCUCCCGCGGCUAGCGAUUACGUCGUUGUAGAUAGGUAUUUGCCGAAACAACCCGCCAUGUUGAGGAACAGCGGACGAAUCCGGGUACGGUCGAGUAAGGCGUGCUCGGACGCGGCCAUGUCAUAAGCGCAGUACAAACAAUGGAGCGAGGGGCUUGUCGAGAUGAAUGCGUUCCAGCUGUGUGACUUUUGCCGUCUGGAUGUCCG